AUGAAGGACGGCACUUUAACGACGGAUGAUAUAGCAUUCUGGAAGGGCAAAGAACAGUUUUUCGCCAACGAAUGGCGCCGAAUCGAGGCGAAAAAAGGAAACACCAAGCUGCCGCAGUCCACGAUGAUCGGUGCUGCCGCCGAGAAAAUACAUGCUUGGAUCCCAGAUCCAUCCCUACACGAUUCAGUAACCAACCAAAGAGCCACUACACGAGUUGAACAACAAACAGCAGAACAUACUUUAAGCCCUUCACUUGAUCGACGGACUGGGAAGCAUAAGAGGAAGCAAGCCGCUGCAACCCAGAGGAUACGAUUCAAGCAUGCGGCUAUCAGAAAGAAAAAGACGAGGGCUUUAAAUACUCCAAUUCGACGGAGCGAGGCAUCAGCCAAAGCUAUGGGGUUUCAGGUUACCAAGUCCGUCGGAGCAGAAGAUUAG